AUGGAGAGGAUCCGAAUCGCCCUCGCCCUUCUCGCCUCGCUCCCCGCCCUUCAUGCCGACGAGUCUGAGGCUCCGUUGGUCGAGACGAGGAUCCACGUGCCGGCGCUGCUCCGCAGCUUCGGCGUGGAGGGCACCCCCAGGCAGACUGGGGGGCAGGUCAUCGAUCUCCUCACGCCGCCGACGCUGACGAGCAUCCUGAGCUGGUGGGGCAUCACGGUGGACACGACGGCCCAGACGGUAGUGAUCGACACGACCAAGAUCAUCUCGUCCUUCAUCGGCCUCUCCAUGCCGAUCGUCAUCGUCAGCCUCGGCCUCUUGUACAUAUGGCUCAUGUCCGAAUUUGUCCGAUUCGAAUCGGCGACAUUCAAGGGCAAGAUCCCCAAGAAGAAGCACGCCCAUCACGGUUACGACCAUCUCGCCUUCCUCGGCAACAGUGGCUACGGCGACCAGUCCGGUUUACUCAACGGUUACGGCGACCAGUCCGGUUUACUCAACGGUUACGGCGACCAGCCCGGUUUACUCAACGGUUUCGGCGACCAGUCCGGUCUACUCAACGGGUUAGACGGCCAAUCAGACGAUCUACUCAACGGACUGGACGACAAAUCAAACAAUCUACUCAACGGAUUCGACAACCUAUCAAGCGGUCUCCUCAAGAGAAAAGGCGUCCCACCCCGCAGCAAACCCAAGAAGAGCAGCAAGAAAUCCUAUAGCAAUAACAAAAGCAAGAAAAAAGACGAUGAGACAAUGACCUUGAAGAACCUGAAAGGGAUGGAAGCCGCUCUCAAGAGCGUCUCGCCGAAGAGGGUUGGAAAAUGGCAAUAG